ACGCAGCUCAAUUCAAUGGCAGCGGCAGCAGCAACAGCAGCGGCACUAAAGUCAGUACCACCGACUUCAGUUUCAUUGGCCAAUGGGGUCGGUGCAGGUGCCGGUGGACUGUCUGCGGCGCACUUGGCGGCAAUGGCAGCAGCCGCCACCGCCGCUGCUGCUGCAAAUGCCUCAGGGGUCGCGCCACUAGCCGCUCCAGCCACACCAGCAAAGCGACCAGCACUGGCAGACGCAAAAUCGGGCCUACCAAUGUUCGACUAUGGGCAGGGUCUCUAUGCACUGCAGACACAGGCGCAAGCACAAUUGGUUGGGGCUAAAAGUCUCCAACCACCACCACCACCGGCUCCAACGAUGCCACCAUCACAGUCACAAUCGCCCCAACAACCUUCACAAACCUCGUCCACCUCCACUCCCGUCGCCACCACUAGUGUUAAUGUGGGAGGUGUUGGGGCUCAGGAAAACGGUGUCAGUGGACAAGAGAAUGGAGCUCCCAGUGAUGUGGAUACACAGAAAGCUCAGACAUUGAAAUUCCGCCAUACGGUUAUCCGUAGUUGCGCCCUCCUCCUUGUGCCACGUGAACAGGCAGAAGAACUGGAAGACCCUGAAACCAAAAAUCAACCCGACUUUCAGUUGCCCUGA